AAGGAUUUUCUCAGAGUUGAGCAUAGCGAAGAAAUUGUAAAGCCAUGAGAAGCACAGUAGUAGUCAGGACUCUUCUCAAGUUGUCUCGCAACUCCAAACUCUCCCUUCAAUCACCACUAAAUCACACUCUUUUCAAUCCCAGGUCUCUUUCUUCCUCUUCUUCGAUCAGUGUUACAGACAAUGAAAAUGAGCCAAAACCCAGAAAAGACUUGCAACUCCUCGAACAGUUCAGGCUCAGAAAACUCAAGGGCUCCUCUAAAACCCCACCAACACAAAAAUCUGAUCCUAAUCCGAAAAGGGCAGUUGGGGUUUUGGGUUUUAAGGAGCUGGGGUUGAGUCAGGAGCUGAGUGAAGCUAUGGCCCAAUUGGGUUAUUCGUCUCCUUCAGAGAUUCAAAGUGUUGGGAUUCCAGCUAUCUUGGAUGGGAAGAACGUGGUUCUAUGUUCUCACUCUCAUUCUGUUGAUGCUUUCACCUACUUGGUACCUUUGAUUCAGAAUCUCAGAAGGGAUGCGAAAAGGUCAACUGAAAAGCCGAAGGGUCCCCGAGCUAUUGUUCUAUGCAUCACACAAGAGCAUGCUGAGGAGUGCUUUCAAGCAGCAAAGUUCAUACUCGAGCAUUUGAAGUCGAAAAAUGCAAUGGAAAAUGAUUCAAUUGGCUUGUUGGCUACCACUCCUGAAGAGGUACUUCAGUUUAUUGAAGAGGGUAAUGUGGCACUUGAUGAAAUCAAAUACUUGGUAUUCGACGAGGUGGAUGACAUGUUUGAUAACGGUUUAGGUCCUGACAUUAGAAAAAUCUUGAGUCCACUAAAAGAGCUUGUGUCAAAUUCUGUUCACCAAGGCUUACAAACUAUUUUGACCACUUCAAUGAUGAUGAAGGUUCUGCAUAAAGAUCUAUCUUCCCUUGUGGAGAAUCUUGAAAAAAGUCAUGCUGGGCAAGUUGCUGCGGUGUUGCUUGAAAUAGACCAAACAGAAGCAUUCUGUCUUCUCGAGUAGCCAGAAGCUCUGAAGAAAAAAGUGGUAGAACUAAUUCACUCUCUUAAUUAAAGAAAAUUGACAUAUAUAUGAUCUCAUUACUAACUUAGGAGCUAGCCAUUUUGUAGGUUUUGAGAGUUGUCAAGUUGUUCAUUGAUUUCUCUGAGUAAUAUAUAUUGAACAUGGACUCAAUGAAAUUGGAACCUUCAUUUGAAUUCUAUUGUGUCAAAAAUUGAAGGAAUUAGUGACUGAUUUUCUGUUUUACUUUUCAUAAUAAACUUAAUUGUAGAUUAUAAAUGCUAA